AUGGCCCUGUUCUCCGCGGCCGCGCGGCUCCUCGGCGCCAAGAACGCACCGUGCCUGGUGUCUGCUGCUCGACAUGCCAGUGCUUCCACAAACCUGAAGGAUGUCCUCACCAACAUGGUCCCCAAGGAGCAGGCCCGGAUCAAGAGCUUCAGGCAGCAGCACGGCAAUACAGUGGUGGGGCAGAUCACAGUGGACAUGAUGUAUGGUGGCAUGAGGGGCAUGAAGGGGCUAAUAUACGAGACUUCGGUCCUAGAUCCGGAUGAGGGCAUCCGUUUCCGUGGCUACAGCAUCCCCGAGUGCCAGAAGUUGCUCCCCAAGGCCAAGGGUGGGGAGGAGCCCCUGCCCGAGGGGCUCUUCUGGCUGCUGGUGACCGGAGACGUCCCCACGCAGGAGCAGGUGAGCUGGCUGUCCCAGGAGUGGGCCAAGCGGGCAGCCCUGCCCUCCCACGUGGUCACCAUGCUGGACAACUUCCCCACCAAUCUGCACCCCAUGUCCCAGCUCAGCGCCGCUAUCACCGCCCUCAACAGCGAGAGCAAUUUUGCCCGGGCCUACUCCGAGGGCGUCCACCGCACCAAGUAUUGGGAGCUGGUGUACGAGGACUGCAUGGACCUGAUCGCCAAGCUGCCCUGCGUCGCGGCCAAGAUCUACCGGAACCUGUACCGCGAGGCCAGCAGCAUCGGCGCCAUCGACACCAAGCUGGACUGGUCCCACAACUUCACCAACAUGCUGGGCUACACGGACGCCCAGUUCACCGAGCUCAUGCGGCUCUACCUCACCAUCCACAGUGACCACGAGGGUGGCAACGUCAGCGCUCACACCAGCCACCUGGUUGGCAGCGCCCUGUCCGACCCCUACCUGGCCUUCUCGGCCGCCAUGAACGGGCUGGCGGGGCCGCUGCACGGACUGGCAAAUCAGGAAGUGCUGGUGUGGCUGACCAGCCUGCAGAAGGAAGUUGGCGCGGACGUGUCCGACGAGAAGCUGCGCGAUUACAUCUGGAACACGCUCAACUCUGGACGGGUGGUCCCAGGCUACGGGCACGCGGUGCUGAGGAAGACAGACCCGCGCUACACCUGCCAGCGGGAGUUUGCCCUGAAACACCUGCCCAAUGACCCGCUGUUCAAGCUGGUGGCCCAGCUCUACAAGAUCGUGCCCAAUGUCCUGCUGGAGCAGGGCAAGGCCAAGAACCCCUGGCCCAACGUGGACGCUCACAGCGGCGUGCUGCUGCAGUACUAUGGCAUGACGGAGAUGAACUACUACACGGUGCUGUUCGGCGUGUCGCGGGCGCUGGGCGUGUUGGCUCAGCUCAUCUGGAGCCGGGCGCUCGGCUUCCCCCUGGAGCGGCCCAAGUCCAUGAGCACGGACGGCCUCAUGCAGUUUGUGAGCUCCAAGUCGGGGUAGGCCGGCGGGCGGGCGGGCUGGCUGGCAGGAGGGCGAGAGCGCUGCCCGCGGCGGCGGCGGCGGCACAAGGGAGCCCUUCCCACGCGGUUCCCGGCCUCUGGGGGGCCAGGGCCCCCACGACUCUUAGCAUUAGAACAGAGCAGAGACACUGACGCUAACGUUGCAGGUUAUUUAUGGAGUAAAUUAAGACUUAAACGGCCCCGUUCCCCUACUGACCGGACGUUGACCGACCAUAGACGAGAGACCGGCAGCGUGCCGCCACAGAACCCGGUCAGCAGCCACAGGGGUAGCCCCCCGCCAUCCCCCAGAAUCACGGUCACCCACUCCCACCAGCUCUGGCGCCCGGCUCCUCAUUGUGGAGAGCACUGCGGCUGCCUCCCCCUUCAAGUUUUGCAGUGCUUGCAGGUGCCCCCCCCGCCCCCCCCCCACGUUGCCCUUGACCCCCACGGAGCCCCGGCAUGAGGAUGGUGCCUGCAGCCCCUCUCUUCCCGCCCCUCCCCGCCCCCCGCCGCUAUUUAUCAGUCCCGUGCCUGACCCUCUGUCGUCCAAACCAUCCCCCCCCCCCCAGCCCGUGGGGAGCCUUGUUAGCACAGGUUCCCAUGACUCAGAACUCUGCUGGCCCUGGUCCUCGAAGAAAGUUUGAAAUACACUCCUCCCCGCCCUGCCCCGCGCCUGUGUGUGCCUCCCACCCCUGAGCCCGUGUGUUGAGACAGCCACAUCAUCCAUUCUUCCCCCCACACCCAACCAUGGGAACCGCUGAGAGUCGUGUUGGAGACUUCAGGUUCUUCUGUAUAAAAUGCAAAAUAAAUGUUUUUAUUAACAAGG